AAAAAGGAAUCCACUGACGUCCGCUCGUUCCAGCUUUUUUCCAUCUCCUGGGCAUCGAAAUCGAACCCAUCCCUCCCCACCUCUCUUAUAACCACAGCCAAACCCUAAAACCCUCUAUUAUGCUCCAGAUCCUCUCCUCUAACCUAUAAAAGACAACCGUUUUCAAAAUUUUGCCGCUUCUGAUCGAUCUUCUCAUCCGAAUUCGACACGAGUUUCGUCAAAAUUUUGUUCGGAUCGUUUUGAAAACCCUAGGUUUCGAACAGAAAUAUCUGAUAUCGUACUGGAGAGACAGAAAGCUUUCGAAUCGUUGCAUCAUCGCUGGUUUUCGUCUGACAGUCGACCUUCUUCGUUUCUGACUGAAAUUUAUGAAAACUUGGUUCCGAUCGUUCGGAUGAUCAAGAUUCGAAGUAAUCUGGUCUGGUUUUGUUUUCUUCUAUAAAACACUUACUCGCUUCAGUUAGAUAUCCGUGGAUUUCUUUCGUCGCCGCGAAAACUCUAAAACACUGAACUAAGAAGCUGAUCUAAGCUGGUAGGAGGAAUAAAUGAUCCUUUAUAGACCUUCCUAUUCUUUGCUUUUCAAUCUUGGAUAAACCCGAAAAAGAAUAUAUCCAAUUUUUCUGUGGGGAGGAAAGAAAAGCCUGAAGGUGGGAAAGAAUUUAGUCUGAUACUCUGAUCUCAGUUUUCGAGUCUUCACUGUGGAUUGGUUAAAAACCAGAGGAAUCUGAAUCCGAGGGGGACAUGGCCGAUCAAGUCUUGGAAGGGAGCCAACCUGUAGAUCUUACCAAGCAUCCCUCAGGCAUUGUUCCUACGCUACAGAACAUUGUAUCGACUGUCAACUUGGAUUGCAAGCUGGAUCUUAAGGCCAUUGCACUACAAGCUCGUAAUGCAGAAUAUAAUCCCAAGCGUUUUGCUGCUGUUAUAAUGAGGAUAAGAGAACCUAAGACUACAGCAUUGAUCUUUGCAUCUGGAAAGAUGGUCUGUACUGGAGCCAAGAGUGAACAACAGUCAAAACUGGCUGCAAGGAAGUAUGCUCGAAUCAUUCAGAAGCUUGGUUUUCCAGCAAAGUUUAAGGACUUCAAGAUUCAGAACAUAGUUGGCUCAUGUGAUGUGAAAUUUCCAAUCAGGCUUGAAGGACUUGCAUAUUCUCAUGGUGCCUUUUCAAGUUAUGAACCGGAACUGUUCCCAGGCCUGAUCUAUAGGAUGAAACAACCAAAGAUUGUCCUUCUUAUCUUUGUGUCUGGGAAGAUAGUUCUGACAGGAGCUAAGGUGAGAGAUGAAACAUAUACCGCUUUUGAGAACAUUUAUCCGGUUCUAACAGAAUUCAGGAAAAACCAGCAAUGACAUCUGCUUGGGAGACCAUAUUGCAUACAUCAUUGCGGAGGGGUUCGAGAUAAAACAUUAUUAUGUACUUGCUACUCUGUGUUGCCAAGGAUGCACUCGGUUAAUUGUAAAUAGGUGAUAGAAGGCUUAGGCAGAGGCUUUGGGUGGUCAGGUAAUUUAAGAAAUCUUGUGGAUUUUCUUUUUCUCAUAUCCUCUCCCACCAGGCCACUUCUCGAAUUUGAAUUUCACAUGAGAUCUGUUGACUGUUAUCGGGAGGGAAAAUGGCAAAACUUUUCUCGAAUGUGAACUCCGACUUGAUGAAUCUUUUAGCAAGAAAUUUAUUAUUCUAUUCGGAUAAGACUGAUAUACGCAACUGUUUUGGACGGCCCUAUGAAUGGAAUCAACUUUUCUGCAUUGAUUCAUUUGUUAUUUGUUCUUUGGAGCAGACCCCGAAAUCGCUGUGGAUUUUGCUGUAAUUAUGUCCGAGGUGUUAGAUGAAAGGUUCUUGGACUCCUAGGCCGUUUGAUGAGGGGUUAAAUUUAAGUUGCUGAACUGAGUUUGUAUUGUGUUCUGUGGAAUCAGUGAACAUUUCAUUAUUUCUAAUUCUAUGUAUCGUGUUUAAUGGUAUAUUAAAAUGGAUAAAUCUAUUCCCAGAAAGAAUAAUAUAACAAGUUGUGUGUGUGUCGUCUUGCUUUU